UAGGUGUCAUUUUUCAAACGUCACAGAUCGCAAUGAAUCCGAAAAAACCUAGAGAACAAACCCCAAAAAGCCGGUUCAAAAAUUACCCCCAAGAAAAAAACCUCCCGUCUAACAUAUGGACCUGUUUAUUCCUGAUCUCCCUCACCACGAACUACUUUAUUACAACCUUUGCUUACGUGGUCCUGAAGGACCCAAUCGACGGGAAAAUCUUCUGGCUGAUCGUCCUCCUGGACGCAGUAUUUGCUUUAGAUUUUUUCCUCAACGUUCUGAAUUUUAUUUGGACCAAACAUAAGUCGCCACACAAGCAGCCGUUAAGAAGCGAGAUGAUUCUAACGAUAGACUUGGUCCUUGCGUUUCCUUAUUCGUACAUUUACGAGAAUUUCGCUCAUAAUUAUAAUAAGACAGUUUUCCUGUAUUUGCGACUAGUUUCAGUGUUUCGUUUGUUUCAUUUAGUGCUGUUUUUUAAAGAGAAGUGGAACACAGCCGGGAUUAAUCACUUGAAAUGUUUUACUUUUCAAUUUUUGAUUUAUUUUACGAUGCGGAUGCAUGCGGCCACGUGCCUUUUACAUUAUUCGACUUUGGGAACGGAUCUCGCCGGAAAAUACAACACGGCUUCGGAGCAAUACGUUAUUUGCUUUUAUUUCGCUUUGAUGGAUAUUACGAAUCGGAAUUUCGGCGAUUUAACUCCCUGGGGAGUGACUGAAAAGAUUCUUUCAAUUUUAAUAAUGGCAGUGGGGUUCACAGUGACUGCAAUUUUUAUCGCAAGUUUGGCCCUUCUGCUGGACAAUAAGUACAAACGAAGAACCAGUCUCAAGAGUCACUUCCGGACUGUUUUAAACUUCCUCAAAUCAAUACCAAUCGAUCCGAAACAAAUCCAAGACUAUUACAAAAUUCUAUGGGAGAAGAAAAACGGGGCGCACCAAGCCUCAAAAUACGCCACUCUCCCGUACCCCCUAAAAUGCGAAAUUGGGGUCGAUGUAAACAUCCGUUUUUUCCAAACUUCUCUGCUCUUCCAAGACAAACCCGACGCGUUUUUGCGCCGAGUUUGCAAUUUAAUGAAACAUGAGUUCCACCAAGCGCAUCAACUAAUUUAUCAGCGCAAUGUUGUCAAAAAUAAAACAAUUUUCGUAGUUCUGGGCACUCUCGAAAUCUUAUCAGACGAAGACGACGAAAGCCCCAUCGUCACCCUAACUUCAGGGACGUGUCUGGGCGAAAGCUCCCUAAUUUUGAGCCUCCCAGCUAAGUGUUCAGUUCGCACGUCUAGCUACACAGAAUUACAAGUUCUGUACCGAAGGGAUUUCGCUACAAUUCUGGACGUGCACCCCAUCAUUUACAACAAUAUACGCGAGGCUAUUUUGCAGAGAAUUGUCGACUCCCAAGAGGUCAAAAUGGUUGAGGACGAACAAAUCAACUUGCAUCCGUUCUUCCCCAAAAGUGACAAAGUUUCGGUGAAGGAUUUGAAAGACAAGUUGCGACCAAAAGUCAGAUUUGGGGAAAAUCGUUACGUGACUUUGUAUCGCUUGGAGGAUUCGGCCAAAAAAAAUCAAAAAUUUCCGUGGAUCCUCCAACCGGAGUCUCCAGUCAGGCAGUCUUGGGAGUAUUUGAUUUUGCUCGUGGCUUUUUACGUUAACAUCACUUAUCCUUACUACAUUAUCUUCGUCAAGUCUUACCCGAUUUGGUUCAGUUUUUUCUCAAAUUUCAUUGACUUAAUCCUUGUCUUGGACCUCGUGGUUAUCCUGACCACGGCAAUUGAGGAAAGGAACGAAAAAAUCGACACUUUCAUGUCCAUUACGCAAAAACGGGUGAUUCAACCCGGGUUCUACUUGGACUUUUUCAGUUGCGUCAAAACCGAGUUGUUUUACUGGAUUUGGACACGAAACGAGCGAUUUGGCGACGUUUUAAAACUGAACCGUUUGGUCAAAAUUUAUCGAAUCCCGAAACUUAUCCGGAAGUACGAAAACAAGAUCGAGGCAAAUUUUCACGGUUUGACUCUGCUGAAGCAUCUUUUGUACCUUCUGGUGCUAACUUAUUGGUUCGGUGGUUGCCUGUACCUUGUGACCUGUUUCGAUAAUUCGUGUACUGAAGACGGUUGGUUUUUCACGAAACUGUUGAAAGACUUCAAGGAGCAACAAACGAGUUACAUUACUGAUGAUUCCUUGUUAACUUCUUUGUACUUUUCGCUGUCAUGCUUGACCGGUUUUACGCCUGGUGACAUCACACCGGUUAACUUAACCGAUCGGGUUAUAACCUGUUUUGGGUUUAUUUCGGGCCUCUUUAUGUUUAGCUGUUGUGUGGCGCAAUUCGCCGCUGCUUUGGCAAGGAAAAUAAAAAUGCGGUUGGACUUCCAAGAGAGGUUUUGCCCAGUUUUGGAAAAUCUCAAAGAGAGAAACUUGAGUACUCAUUUGGUUAAGAGAGUCAAAAACUAUUUUUUGGUCCAGUGGAUGUAUGACAAAGCCUCGAUUUUCCGCCAACACUUAUUUUACAAUCUCGACCCAAACAUCCAAAAAGUCGUACAAGUUGAGGAGAAAAUGGACACGAUUUUGUCAAUCCCUUUAUUUCGAAAAUUGGAUAAAAAUUUCUUGGUGGCUCUUGUGACUAAAACACCGGUUCUGGUCCUACCACCCGAAGAGUUCAUAACGUACAAGGGCGAAUUUUUAAAAGUGCUCUACAUAGUAAUGAGAGGACACUGCAUUCGGCAGUUUGAAAAAACCUCGGUCUUGUUGGGCCCUAAGUCAUUCUUCGGCACUUUGGCGUUCUUCUCAGACGUUAAUUCCCUGUGUACUGUUAAAACAGUAACUCACGUUAAGCUUCUCUACAUCACUGAAGAAAUUUUCUGGGCCGCAGCUUCAAUGUUUCCAAGAGUUGCAAAACGGUUCGGUGCAAGUUCGGAAAAUUUUGACUUGAUCACUGAAUUUCGAAAAAUACCGAUACGUGGCUCGCUUGAUAAUAAUUUGGAACUCGAUAACGAGCUCUGGUUGUCCAAAGAUUCACUUUUGAGCGUUAUUUCAUAUUGUAAGGAGCGUAAACAGAGUUAUAGCGCGCCUUUUCGACAACUGGGAGUCUUGUGUUGGGUCCAAAUGUUUUUGUUACCCAUCUGUAUUCUUCCAUAUGGGCGAUUAAUCAAAGUUUGGGUCACCGGACGACUGUUAGUGACCCUAACUGUGGCAAUUUUGAUACCGUACCAAUUGAUUCUAAGCCCCUACACUUCUACCAUUGAUACAGUCAUUUUCGUGGCCGAUUUAAUUGCAUAUUUGGACCUCUAUUUCAAUUUAUUUGUCGGUUAUUACGGUCCUAAAAAUCAACUCAUAAUACAUCCCUUGAAAACAGCGACGCAUUACUUGAAAGGAAAGUUUUUGCUAGACUUUGUGCUUUGUUUUCCGUGGGAAAUGCUAGUGAAACACUUUUCUGGAAAUUAUUACAAAGUCGCCAAAAUCAUUCGACUUGGGCAGAUCUACCGACUAUUCCAAUUUUUUAACUAUGUGUCCACAUUUACCAAAAAGAAUAAAUACGGAGUUCUUCUCCAUAUUUUGAAAUUUAUUCCACUGGUGAUUAUUUUUGUUCAUUUCUGGGCCACAAUUUUCGUCAUAAACACUUGUAAUUACGCCCCAAAUGGGACAUUUUUAUGCCAAGAAAACUCAUGGAUUGAUAGGUCCAAAUUUCAAAAUUUCGCUCACCCUCUUGAAGUGUAUUCCACUUCGAUUUAUUUCUGCACCAAUGUUUUGACUUUUACCGGUUUAGGGGACAUUACACCGAAAUACCCCAGCUCUGUGAUUAUCACAAUCGUGAUGCAGAUUUGCGGCAUUUUGUUCAUCGGUUAUGUGUAUGCAAAAAUCGCGAGCUAUAAGACGCACUGGAACAGCAUUCUCUUCAAAACCCACGAAACGAUGAACGAGUUGAAGAAAUUUAUGGUCCAGGAAAACGUUACGAAAAAUCUCCAAAUGCAAAUCGUCCAGCAAUUGGAAUAUCGCUGGAAGCGCAACAAACUCGAGCCAAACACGGCUUUGGCCAAAUUCCACCCAAAUCUUUACGAGGAUUGCGUUUACGCAAUGUUUGACAGUAUUUUCGAAAGCGUCCCGGUUUUUUCAAACAUCGAUAAGUCGUUUCUGAGACUUUUGGGCACGAUUGUGAAAGAGCAGUGUUUUCGUCACCACGAGGUGAUUUUUCGAGCCGAUGAUAUCGUGUCAGAGUUGUUUAUACUUGAGAGAGGGACUAUCAAAAUUGUUGAAAAACUUGGAGGAAUGGAAUUGCACUUGGAAGCCGGCGCGAUUUUUGGCAAUUUGACACCAAGGGCUUUGCAUAAAGUUUCAAAAACUGUGACAGCUUUGAGUAAUGUUGAUGUCCUGUGUAUUAACACAGAAGAGUUCUAUUUGGCACUAGAUAAGUUUCCUUGGAUUCAAAAUGCGAUUGAGGCGAAUCUCACAAACGAAGAGUUUAUGUUACACGAGAUUAGAAACGACCUCUCUGAGACAAGUCUUACAAAAUCAAACCACGAUUCUGCUACAAGUUUCAACAUUUUAAAAACCUCAUCGGAAAUCAAAUUAAAUUUCGUCGGGUGUUUUCUGUUGUGCCUCCCUUGGAAAUUUUUCAGUAUUACAAUUCCAGAAUACUCCCUCUUUAUUAAAAUAUUCGAUGUCUACUGCCUGUUCCUAGCUCACGUCAAUUCACUUCUCGUUUUGUACGAAUUCUCGUUCCAAAAUCAUAAUAAUUUUUUGUUAGGUGUAGCCAUCUACACUGAUGUUACUUUUAUUUUGAAAAUAUUAAUCGAAAUGCACAAAACUUACGAGAACAGGUUUGGAGAACACAUUACUUCGAACAAGAAAAUUGUCUCGCGAUACUUCCGUAACAAGAAGCUGAAACGCGCUGUUGACAUUUUUGUGAAUUUUCCGUUUUAUUAUUUAACUUUUUUCGCUGCUGUAUUUACUAGUUUUGACGCAAAUUUUUAUUUUUCAUGUCUCAGACUUAUCACCCUUUACAGAUUGAUUUAUUUUUGGGAGUACUACAAGAGUAAAGCCAGUCAGUUGUUAGUCAAAAUUUCGCUUCUCAAAAUCGGUGCUUUGAUUGUUUGGGGGACGUUGGUGAUUCAUAUUUUUUCAUGCGGGUGGUAUCUAUGUGCGUGUCCUUUAAUGACUUGCUUUAAAGAUUCUUGGGUUAAUGAGGUCUUUAACACAACCUCGCCACACUUUUCGAAAAAACUAGAUCUUUAUGUUACUUCGUUAUAUUUCGUGAUUACUGUAAUGACAACGACGGGAACUGGCGAUAUUUCCGCCAACAGCAUCCGUGAGCAAGUUUUCAUCACGCUUAUGAUGCUAACUGCGGUUUUUCUCACUGGAAUUUUCAUCGGUGAGAUUUGGAAUUGUCUCAAUUCCACUACAAUCGCACGAUUAAAAUACGACAACGAAAUCAACGAGCUUAAACAGUAUUUUAAAAACAGCAACGUGAGUGAUUACCAAAUGAAAAAAAUGUGGCGCUACGUCCAACAAAUCUGGACAGUCAGUCGAGGAAAUCAAGUACCACGCGCACUCUCCCUUUUACAUUCUUCUGCUUUACAAGAACUUAUGUUACAAAUUUACGGACCUCAUAUUUCAAACUCGUACGUGUUUUCGGAGGUCGAAAAGUCAUUCACCCGCCAGUUAUGCCAAUAUCUCAAGCGUCGUGUGUAUUUCCCGGGGAAUUACAUAGUCCAACAUGGCGAUUUCGACGGCACCAUGUAUUUCAUCCAUUAUGGAGAAGUCGAAAUACUGACCGUACAUAUGAAUUUAACAGAAACUAUACAUGAGGUGUUACGUAGAGGAGAAAUGUUUGGAGUGAUGCAGGGUUUAUUUUACGAUAUUCCGCACCAUUUCUUUUUUCGCGCCCGCACUGCUGUCCAUUUAGUGGCUUUGCAGUUUGAUGACUGGCGACACUUACUGGAGUUUUUCCCCGAAAGUCGGGACGCCAUUUUCGCAAAAACGAACAGAGUUCAAGUGUAAUUAUUCUAAUAAUUACUGUGAUAAUGAUUAAAAAUAAAAUCACUUUAAUUUUUUAACACCUCCACUGUCUCGACGCACGAGUCGCCUAUGCUCAGGUCAACUGUCAAAAAAAUAACCAAACAUUUGGUUUUUUACGAAAAAUUCAAAACCUAUUCUACAAUGAGUACUGUGGGCCCCUUCAGACUAUUAACAUAUACUCGUCAGCAAGUUUUACGGUUUCAGUUAAACUAUCCUCGAUGUAAUUACGCGAAAAAAGAAACCGGAAGCGUCAGUAUGAUUGGAGGGGCUCUGAAGAAGAAAAAGUUGGGGAAGAUGGGUCCAGUGAUGGAAAAGAAGGUCAUUCCAGUUGAAACAGACCCUCAGAAACUUGUAAAAUUUGUUUGUGGCUCGAAUAUUUACACUACUGGUCAA